AACGAUGAUGGUAAAAUUAAGCCUUUUGUGUUUAAAAUUACAAAACAUAAUCUCUCUCGUCCUCUCAACUCGUCUCCUUCAUCAGAUCCGGCUCUACCCUCUCUACUCCUCUACUCGUUUCCUUCAUCAAGAUCGAUCCUCUUAGGUUUACAUAUUCGACAAGAUGUCUGGGCAGGGGCAGCGUUUGAAUGUUGUUCCAACUGUUACAGUGCUUGGAGUUAUCAAGGCUCGUCUGGUUGGUGCAACCAGAGGCCAUGCUCUUCUGAAGAAGAAGAGUGAUGCUUUGACAGUGCAGUUCCGAGCCAUUCUCAAGAAGAUUGUGUCAACAAAAGAAUCAAUGGGAACCAUUAUGAAAUCAUCAUCUUUUGCUUUAACCGAGGCAAAGUAUGUGGCUGGUGACAACAUCAAGUAUACCGUUCUUGAAAAUGUGAAGACUGCAUCUCUCAGAGUCAGGUCACGUACAGAGAAUGUCGCAGGUGUUAAGCUCCCCAAGUUUGAGUAUUUCACCGAAGCAGAGACGAAGAACGAUUUGACUGGUUUAUCAAGAGGUGGGCAACAAGUGCAAGGUUGUAAGGUUGCAUAUGUGAAAGCAAUCGAGGUUCUGGUGGAGCUAGCAUCUCUUCAAACAUCAUUUUUAACACUUGAUGAGGCAAUCAAGACUACAAAUCGUAGGGUGAAUGCCCUAGAGAGCGUUGUUAAACCGAGGUUAGAGAAUACGAUAAGUUACAUCAAAGGGGAGCUGGAUGAAUUGGAGAGGGAGGAUUUCUUUAGGUUGAAGAAGAUACAAGCUUUCAAAAAGAGGGAGGUUGAAAGGCAGAUGCUAAAUUCUAAGCAGUUUGCGGAAGACCAAGUUGCUGAGAACCUUUCUUUACAGAAAGGAAUCUCCAUGGACGCUGCCCAUAACUUGCUAGCGGGUACCCAAAAAGACGAGGACAUCAUUUUCUGAAACGGAGGUUAGUUUAUAUUUUUCUACCUUAUUUUAUAUCGUAUAUCUGCUAUGUUUCUUUCUAUCUAUGUCUGGUGGAAGAAUUGUAUUAAUUAGAUGAAAUGUGUCCAGUUUUUUGAAUAAAAGCUUCAUGUGUGCAGCUUAGUUAUUUAUUUGGGUGUCAGAUUUUUAAAAACAUGGAGUUCUUUCAUUUAUUUGUAUUGGGUUUGAAGUACCCUCUAAAUUGUGGAUCAAUGAUCCUGCUAUUGAAUUUACUAUCUGUGGUGGGUUGGCUA